AUGGUGCUGAGAGAGGGCGGAGGUCUUGAAACAGCCAUCUGUCGCUUUGAGCGGACUGCAGGCCUCCUGGUGCUGGAUGUGAAGAGAGAUUACGUUGGCAUCAGAAUUCGAGAAAAUGCAUUCGAUCCGCAAGGAAAGCAGCAGACCAGCUUUCUAGAUGACUUGGCUCAUUAUGACUUGGCUGCCAAUGUUGCUUUGCCUUGGCUCUGUGAUUCAGAAGUCCAAACAUCUUUGGGAAAAGGAAAAACGAAAUUGCCGCUGUGUCAAAAAUUUCUCUCUCUCAGCCGACCUGAAAGAGAAGCUCUGAUUUUAUCAUCUUAUGCUGGGAUGCUAAUGAACAGCAUUCCUGUGGAAGAGAUCUUUGGGAUUUAUAAGGCAGGCUCUACAGCUUCCAACCGGCAGAGCUCGACAAAAGCUCACUCGAUCCAUCCUCAUAAUCUCUCGCUGCAUCCUUUCGCCAUGCUGAUGGCCCCCCAAGCUGCUGAAUAUGCCUGGAAACAGAGUAUGAAGUCUCACCAGGCUUCUGCAAACCGAAAUCCCAUCAGUAGCUCAACAAAAAGAAUGGGCACUGAUGACUAA